CUAUGCGGGCGUCUCCGAUCCGUCGGCGCAGCACACACACAAGUCGGCUUGGAGGCCGGGUGGAGGGGGUGGGAGCGGGGGAGACGCUUGUGGUUGUACUUGUGGUGGCGGCUGCUGAGGGCUGAACGCAGGGGGCGGCUGGGCAGGAGUAUUCACCAUCGGCUGAUAUGGCAUUGCGGGAGGGGCACCCAUGGCAUUCAUCGGCUGAGCAUUAGCAGGGCCGAGGGGCUGAGCAGCCAUGAGAGCACCACCCAUCUGCUGCUGAGGAGGCGGGGGCCAUUGCGCAGUGGUCAUCUGUGGCGCCAUUGGCUGUGGCUGCUGGUUGACCGGCUGACCGUGAGACAGCUGCGCCAUCGCCGGCAUAAACUUCACUCUCCAUGCACUCUUCAAUCGCUGGAUAGCCUCCAGGCCGAAUCUCCUCUCGGCCUCUCGCCCCGCAUACCGCGGCAGGCCUCUGCGCGACUCAGGCAAUCGCUUCGAGACGUCAAUCCCCACCACAAAGAACGCAAAGUGGCUCUCGACACGAGUCGGGCCGUCGCACGGGGGAUCGGCCCCUCUCGUCCUCGGCGCCAGAAAAUCGCCCUCCCCAUCAUUGCAUGGCCGAGUUGUCAGUAUCCGAUUGGAGAUGACAGGCAUGGUCUGCAUGUCUUGUCUUGCUGAAGGGUUUGAGGGCGGAAUGGGGAAGAAGGGUCGCGAAUCGGGAUCGAAUAAGGAUGCGAGGAUGUUGAUGAUGAGCACGCCAGCCACGAACACGCCCCAGUAGACGGGGAGGGGUCGGAGGGGAGGCAUGUCCAUCCUUGCCGCUGCUGAUGUGGCUGAAGGUGCAGUGGCUGAAGGUGCAGGUCUGUUGUUGUCGUCGUCCUUUGAGGAUGAAACGGUCGGUGAGUCAGAUUUGGGUGAAUGCUGUCGACAUCGGUGACGCUGCAUAGCCUCAGAUUACCACCACGGCACCGGCAAUGGCUCGUGUACGGGGAUAGGACGGGCAGACGGACGGCGACAGAAUAGGGAUUCGCUCUCAGGCUGAGUGCCGAAAGGGAUGUGUUGAUACGAAGGGGUGAAGUGAAACGGGAUGCACACAACUGCACAACAUGGCAGACACAGCCGCGAAGGUACAGCAGCGAGAUGAGUUAGAAUGAGUUCUUGUUGUCAAGCACCGUCACGGUGUUACAGACAGACAAGUCAUCCUAUGCUCUCUCACCUGCUGGACAGCGCGAUGAGAAGGACGUCCUCGAACGCGUCAAUGGC